ACUGAAUUAUUAUAGACAUGUCUACUCCUAUUACAAAGGUGACACAACCAACUCCAAUCGAGGAACCUGAAGAAUAUAUCAGGGAUGCCCCAAAACCACAAGAAGAAAUGCAGUUGACAACUCCAACAAAGGAAGAAAAUACAUCAGAUUCUUCUGACUCAGACUCUACUUCGAACCAAACACUUAGUGAGGUCGGAAGUGGUUACGAAAGAGAUAAUAAUGAAUGCGCUGAAUUUUGCAUAGAAUUUGCAUCUUGUUUUGGAUUGUUUGAUUCUUGUUGUCCUUCCGACGGUGAAGGAUGUUUGACAUCUACUGCAACUUUCUGUGGUAACAUUUUAUUCUCAUGUUGUAAAUGUUAGACAGGAGAUAAAUUAUACACACAUACUAGAAAUUCUAAUUCUCGCUACGUUGUCUACUGUGAAUUUUACCUCAAUAAAGGUAUUGAUAUGUAUAUCCAUACUUAUCAUCAAUUUACAUAUUUGAAGUAUAAUAAAAAGUUCGGAAAAAGGCUGAAGCCUAGAACGAAAAAAAAAUACCGGAAAAAAUUAGACACAUUCACUCGCAUAUAUACACAAGAAUCCACGUCUAACCAACACAAAAGAUUACCUAUCG